AUGUAUUAGCUUUUUCUAAUAAGUAUACUUCUGAUAAAAGAAAUACAGUCAGAGACUAUUGUGAAAUGUUAUUAUGAAUAUGAUGAUUCUACUUUGGAAAUUGAUGAAACUAGACCUUAAAAAUAUACUUUAUCGUUACAAACUAAUUCUCCAGAUCUGAAUUCUAAAGGUUUUGGAUUUUGGUCAAAAUAUAUUCAUAAUAAAGGAUUCACCCCUUAGUACUAAGGACCAAUGCCAUUUAUUGAUCCAAAUUGUUAUAGCUCAAAGUGUAAAUUCUAUGGGAUUUUAUUGAUGAAAAUAUUGGAUUCAUAUUCAAAUUUAUUUGGUGCACUUAUCCUUAAUAUGAUGGAUAAUCCUAUAAGAUUGACACAUGAUUUCUAUUUAUAUCCAAUAGGUCCAAAUUAAUAAUAUUUUGCUUAAAUAUAUUUUGAUGCCAGCUAAUAUGAAAAUAUUUGGAUUUAUACAUCUUUUGUGUAUUCAAUGAAUGAUUAAACAAUAAGAUUAUUCACAAAUAUUGGAUCUUAACUAAAAACAUUCACUUAUUCAAUUUUUUCAGAUAAGAUAAACAUUUAACUUGGAGGAUCUUUGAAUUUGAAUUAAAAUAGUUUUUAUGGAAAGAAACCAUAUGAUUUCAAAGGAUAUAUAUCACCCAUCUAAGAAUAUGAAGCAUUUUAAUUUAUGGAUGAUUUUUUUGCCAAUUUAUUUUCAAAAUGUUUUUUUUAGGAAUAGCAGACUAAAGCUGAAAUUUAUGAAUUAAAAUAUUUUGAGCCUUAAAUAUUUGUAGGUUUGGUUAUUUAUUUUAAUUAUCAUGAAACGAUUAUAAAUAAUCGUUACGUAUUAAAAUGUUGGAUUAAAUAAGAUUACUUAGAAGUAUUUAUUAAAUCUAGUUUAGGCUUAUAAUUUUUAUAAAACUGAAUAUGGAGAAGACCAUAUGCAACUUAUGCAAGCAAUAUUUCGUAUUGACUCUCCAUUUGGUAUAAAUACAAACUUUGUUGGCGAUGUUGUUGCAAGAUUUUUUUAUACAGUACUUUAAUUUAAACUAUGAAUAGGUUGACUUUUAGAAUAAUGAUUAGACCAAUAUUAAUUUUUAAACAGAAUUUUAUAAAAUACCAAUUUUAACACCAAAAUAUCAAGAUUAAAGUUUGAGAGAAUUUGAUACUUUAACAAUCAAUGGAUAAAAUCUAUAUGAUUUAACUUAAAAAUGGCAUUAUUUCAUUUUAGAAUAUGGUAGAACACCAUCAGAGAAUGGUGGUAAACUUUAAUUGAGAUUUUAUUUUGAAGAUUAGGAGCCUUAAAUAUACAAUUUAGGCACUUAGAACUAUAAUUCUUAAUUUACAGGUUAUAUCAUAACAUUAACCCUUUAAUUGUAUGAAGAAACCUUUAGAACAAGUAGGACAAAAUUAGAAAAGAUUACAUUUAUAACUGGUUUUUAAGGAGAUAAUGAAGACAAAUAAGGUAAAUAUAAUAUUAAUUUUAGAUUGUUAUAAAAGUUGUAAAUAUUGUAAUGGUCCUAUGAAUUAUUAAUGUACAUCCUGUUAUGAAGAAUAUAAUUAAUUUUUAACUUAAUUUAAUCAAUGUGAAUGCAAAUAUCUUUAUACAUAUAAUGAGAAUACAAAUAGAUGUGAUAAAAUCGAAGAUUAACAUGGUUUAACAUUUUAUUAAGAAUCAGUUUCUUAGUUUUGCUAAUUUGGAUAUUUCUAAGUAUUUUAUGAAAACCAAUAUUUUUGUAUUAGAUGGUAUGGAAAAUAUUUUUAUUAUUAGCCCUUAAUAUCAUAUAGUAAAUUUAUUUUGUGGAGAUUGCUAUUUUCAAUUUUAAACUUGGUAUCUUAAACCAAUUUGCACAUUUGAUUUAAUUUAAGAAAAGGAUUCAUAUGCAUAUAUGAAGCAUAUUAGAUUAAAUAUUCAGAUAGAUGUUUAUUAUUUAAAUUCUGGAUUAGAAUUAUAAAUACUUGAAGGAGCAUCAGAAUUUUGUGAGGAUACAUUACAUGGAUGUUAGAUUAGUAAUAAAUAUCAUUUAAAUUAAUAAAUAAAAAUUAGAUGUAAAAACAAUCAUUUUUAUGAAAAUUCUGUAUGCAAAAUAUGUGAUCCUUAUUGUAUAAAUUGCUAAUCUGAGCAUAUUUGCUUAGAAUGUAUAGAAUCUCAUUACUUUAAUUUAAUAAGCAAUCGUUGCGUAUUAUGUUCACCAUAAUGUUUGACCUGUAAAACAGAUAUAAAUUCUGAGUUUGGUGAAAAAUGUUUAUCUUGUAUUUCGUAAUUAUAUUAGUAAUUUAAAUAGAUCAUAUGCAGCUACUAAUUAAGGAUAAUGUUAAAAAUGUGGACUUAAUUGUUAAUAUUGUAAAGAGGAUUACAAUUAAUAAAAUAAAUAGUAUUUCUUAAGAUGUUUAAAAUGUUUUGAUGAUAAAAUUAUGGCAAUAAGAUUUAAUGGUAUAGAUUGUUUAGUAAUUGAAAAAUCUAAUUGUCAAUAUGUCAUGAUUAUUUCUAAAUCUUAGAGUAUUAAAUAUAAUAGCUACUCAUAUAAUUUUUAACCAUCAAAUGAUUUAUCUGAUGAACUUGCUGUUUGUGCAUUAUGUGAUCCAGACUAUGUAUAUGUUGUUGAUAUUGCACAAUGUUAAGUGAUAUAGGAAGAAGUAGCUUGUCUAAUUGGAAUUUUUCAUGAAUUUCCAGGUGAUUUAUUUUUUACUGGAAUUUAAAAGACAUGUUUAGUUGGUUAAUAUUCUUAUGGCGCAUUGAGUUUUAUAGGAGAAAGUAAUUGUUAAAAUUAUGUCACUCAUUGCAAUUUUUGUUUUAUUCAAUACACAUAUAGCCCUAAUUAUUGUCUUGAAUGCUUUGAUGGAUAUUAUAUCAAUCGUUUAGGAGGAGAAUGUUUACGAUGUCCAGAAUCAUUAAAUUGUAAGACUUGUUUUCAAUAAAGUGUUGGAUAUUAUGAUUAAUGGAAAAUAAAAACAGCCAUAUUGAAUUAAUUUUUAAAAAUGAGAAAUGACGAAAGAUUCUUUGUAAUUUAUUUUUAAAUUAAAUAUUAGUUUGCUUAUCAUGAUUUUAGUCAGAAUCCUAAUGACUAUGAAACAAUUUGUAUGUCUUGUUUUGAGGGUUACCUACUUAAAAAUGGAAAAUGUAUUAAAUAUUGUGAUUCAACAUGUGAGAGUUGUAUAUUUAAAAAUGAUUAAUACUUUUGUCAAUCUUGUGGUAAGAAUAAGUAUCAUAAUUAAUUGAGUGUUAUUUAAUAUUAAUGCUCUGAUUGUCCCAGUUAUUGUGAAUUAUGUAGAGAAAGAACAGAUGAAGAAAUAUUUAAAUUAAAUCCUCUUUUCAUUAAGACUAACUAAAAUUAAAUAUUUACUUAUUAAUGUUUGUUACCUUUUUUAAAUAAUAAAAAUAUCUAUUAUGACUAAAUUUUUGGUUAAUUUAUAUCUUGUAAAGAUAUAUUAUAAUGUGAAAAUGUUUUAAAUAUUGAACUAAAUUUAUUUUGCUCUUAUGAAGAUUAUCAAACAUAAUUAUCAUCAAUUACUGAUUAGAAUCUGCAAAAAGAGUUUCAAAUGAAAAAUGUAGUAUUUUAAUCUCUUAUUAAAUCAAAUAUUGAAUCAAAUAGUUUUAUUUUUGUAAUUAAUUAUAUUUUAAUAUAUAUAGUAUGAAACCAAUGAUAUUUUUGAGAUUUUGAACAAAUUAAAUGUAAGAAGAAUCAAAAUUUUUCUUAAAUCAUAGCAAUAAUAAACUUGUUCAAUUGAUCAAUUUGGAUAUAUUUCCUAGAAGUUUUCCAAAUACGUAUUUAGUACUAUGUAAUCAUAUAUCUUAUUCUUAAGCGACAUACAAUUAAAUUUGAUAUCAGAAAUUGAGUAACCUUUAAUUCUUGAGAUUGUAGAUGAUUUAAGUUUUGUGGAUUUUUCAUUUGUUCGAAUGUAGAAUAUAAAGAUUUCAAUUAAAGAAAAUAUUAAUACUAAAAUUAUAAAUGUUUAUGGAUUUUAAAGUAUUUCAUUAGAAUUGGAGAAAGUUAUUAUAACUUCAUAAGCAUAAAUUAACAGUACUCUAUUUAAUUUUUAAUGUAAUUAAUUAAAUUCAUUACUAUUUAAUCAAGUUAGUCUUGAAAAUAUAAAGAUUGAUAAUUAAAAUCUAAGAAGCAUAUUCUCCUUUUAAUAUGUAAAACACUAGAAUUAGAUUAUCAUAUAAAAUUUUAAUAUUUCUAAUAGCAAUCUAAUAUAUACAAAUAUCUUUGAAAUUAAAUCUCUUGAAAAGUAAUCAAUCUUUUUGUAUAAUCUAAACAUAGAUUCUGAAUUAGUUAAUUGUUCUUUAUUGGCUACUUCAAUAGAAAUUUAAGUAGUUACAAUAUUUAAUUUUUUUAUUACUGGUAUAAUGAAAUAGACACAUCCUUUUAUCUCUUUAUAAAAUGUUGUAUUUGCUAAUAUUGAAAAUUUUACUAUUAAGUCAAUGAAAUUAAUAAAUUCAACAUUAUUAUAAUUAGAGAAACGAACUAGAAUUACUCAAUUUGUUAUAUAGACAUGUGAAACUUAAGGGUAUUUUAAAUUUAUACAAAAUAAUAUCCCUAAAUAAUCAACCUCUGAUCAACUCUAAUAUUCGAUUAUUGAAUUAAUUGUAGAAAAUUUGAGCUUAAGUUAUUAGACUUAAAUAUUGGAUUUACAAUCAUUUAGUUCUACAACAUCUGAGUUAGAACUCUCUAAUAUUAAGUUAUUAAAUAAUAAUCUAAAUGAAUUACAAUAAGAGAAUUAAUAUUUAUUUAAUAUUGAAUUACAAAAUGUCAAAAUUAUAGAUUGUAAUAUCAUCAGAGGAAAUGGAUUAAGCGAAUUUUAGUUUUCUAAUUUAUUAUUCUUAAGAUUUAUUAAUUUGAAAAUCACUUAAUCUUAAAUCACUCUUUUGCAUUAAUAUUUUGAAUGCUCAAGUAUGUAAAAAUUCAAAAAUUAACAUCCAAAUUUAAUUAAAGUAAUGGAUGUUAUAAAUGUCUUUUUUGAUUAUCUUAUAAUUGAAAGAAUAAAUAUCUUAAAUUCAGGUUUGCUAUUAUUUUAGAAAUAAUCUUAAACUUAAUCAUCUUCUGAAGAUGCAAUUAUUUUUAAGAAUUUAAAUUUGAAAGAUAAUAUUAUAAUUACUUCACUUAAUGAUGCAUAUGCUUCACUAAUUUCAAUUAUGAGUAAUCAAAGGAUUGUAGUCAAUAUAACUUAGGCAACAAUAUCAGGUAAUUAAUUGCAUAAUUAUGAAUAAAAUAUAUAAAUGCCAUCUGCUGUAAGUUUAAUAAUCAAUUGUCCAUCAGGAUCCAUAAAUUUACAAAAUAAUUACUUUUAUAAUAACUUUGCUACUAAUACUCCAGAUACCAUAAUAAAUAUAGUGGCUAAAUAAAUUAUAUUUGAUAGAAUUUAAUUUAUUAAUAACUCCAUAUAUAAUAUCAGUUCACUUUUAAAUAAUAUUGUAUAUGGAUUUUCUAAUGAUUAAGUUAUCUUUUAUAGCAAUUUGUAAUCAAUAUUUUAACUUCAAAAUUUUGUAGGAAAUGCUUAUCUAUCAGCUGAUUAAGUAACUGGUUCAAAUACAAUAAUAUAAAAUUCUUAAGGUAAAAAUGGAGUUGGAUUAUAUAUAAAGGCUAAAUUUACAAAAUUAAAUAGAAUUUAAUUCUUAAAUUUGAAAACUUUCUUUUAUUUUAAUGAAGAAAAUGGUGGAUGUAUAUUUUUAGAAAUACCUUCUAGUGAAUGUUAAGUUUUGAUUUAAAACAUUAUUGCAAAUAACAUAAUUUCAAAAGAUUAUGGAGGAUUAAUAUAUAUUAAAUCAGAUUAUGAUAAUUUGAAUUUGACACUUUAAAACUUGACUGUAUCUUAAUGUAUUUCAUAUAAAGGUACUGUUCUUCAUGCAUCAUUUUUGAAUAACACCUUAUCAAAUCGUAUAACAAUUAAUCAACUUUAUAUUUCAAAUCAAUAUAAUGCAUUUUAAAAUUAUAUCAAAUAAAUAGUUGAAAAUUAAAUUAUUUUGAAUAAAUUUAAUGAAAGAGUUUCUGUAUACUUAGAAAAUGCAAUAGUUUAUCUAUCUGAUAUCAUUAUUAAGAAUCUAUUUGGAGAAUCUAUACUCUUGAGUUUAUACUAAGAGAAUGCCAAUUUAAAUUCAAUCAAAGUACUUAAUGGAAAUAUUUUAAAAUAGAAAUUAAUCCAUAUGUAACCAAAGACUAGUAUUAAUUUAUUAUUAUUUAUUAGAUUAAAAUACUUUUAUUUUAAUUCAAGCCUUUUCAGUUAUUAAUGUCUAAGAAUUCACUUAACCUUAAAAAUAAUGUAAUGUUUCAUAUAUUGAAAAUAAAAACAAUUAAAAAAAUAUGUAAUGUUAAGUUAUUAACUAAAAACCAUAAAAUAACUUAAUUGUUGAUAUUCAAUAAGAUUAUAGUAAGGAAAUAGAAUGUUUACACUUUUUAUUUAUUUCUUCAGCUUAAAUCGAUUAGUAAGCUUUAAUAAUGAUCAAUUUGAAUACAGAAUCACAUACCAUAGAAUUAUCAGAUAUAAAUUUGAUCAAUAAUAAUUUAUCUAAUUCAUUAAAUGGACUUAUCUUUAUUUAAUUAAGUGAAAUUUACUAAGAUAAUUUUUAAAUAAGUUUAAAGAAAUUAAGUAUUAAAAAUAAUCAAUGUGGCAAAGUUGGAUGUCUGUAUAUUAAUUCAAUUAUUUUUGAUGAAAACAAAAUUAUCCCUACAAUAAAUAAUAGAUUAUUAGCACAAGAUUAUGAAAAAAUUGUAUAAGAAAUUAAGCAUGACAUUAAUAUUGUAAAUUAUGAAUGCAUUGGAAAUUUAGCAGAUUAUGGAACAUGUUUAUUUUCUAAUCAUACAAAUAUAUAAUUAAAAAAUUCCUUAUUUUAUAACAAUACAGCAAAUAGAAUUGGAGGUACAAUUUAUUUUAUUGGAAAACAAUCUAAAUUAUUUUUAAUUGAUUGUUAAAUCUCUUCUAAUUAUGCUUAGGUAGCUGGGGCUAUGUAUUUUGAUGAUAGUAUAGCUUAGGAUAUGAAUAAAUCUAAUACUAUUUUAAUGGAUAAUAGAGCUUCAUAUUAUGGUAAUAAUAAUGUUCAAGCACCAGUACAUUUAUCAAUAACUUUAAAUAAUAAAAACCUUUUGUAAACUUUUAAAGUAGAGGAAAGUAGAAACUAAUUAAAAGAAUAAAUAAAUUCUCUCAAUAUCAAUCAUAUAAUAUAUUUACCAAGUGGUACUCCUAUAAGUUUGUAUAGAAAAUUCAACUCAGAAAUGUAAAUAUUAGAAUAAGAAGAAUACAAAUUUAGAAUUUUAGCUUUGGACAAUUAAUUUACAUAAAUAAAGAAUUUAAAAAAUACUCAAUGUAAUAUUGAAACUCAAGUCUAUAAUUUAACAUCAAAAACCUAUUUAUAAGUUUCUAAUAAUACUUAUAUUUCUAAAAAUUCAGUAAUAUUUAAUGAAAAAACAAAUGAUUACAAUUUAGAUGAUAUGAUUAUUUAUUUUGAUAAUAAUAAUACUGGUAAAUCUUAUUUAUAAUUAAUUAUUACUUGUAACAGUAUUAAAAUUCCUUAAUAUGAUGAAACUAAUUAGAUAAUAUAAUAAUUUCAUAAUAAUUAUCAAUUAAUCAUUAAUAUAAAUACAUUUAAAUGUAGAGUUGGAGAAAUUAAAUCACUCACAGACUAAUCUUGUUAUGAGUGUGACUAUAAUUUAGAAUAAUAUUCUAUAACUCUUGAUUCUAAUAAAUGCAAUAUAAGGGAUGAGUAGACUACCAUAAGUGUCACUUCAUUUUAAUUGAAUUUAAAAUAAGUAAAUAUAUCACUAAUAUAAUUUAGGGAUUUUGGAGACCUUAUUUUGAUAAUAAUUAUAUUGAACAAUGUUAUAAUUAUAAUGAGAAUUGUCUAGGAGGAUGGAAAUACGGAAUGGAUUCUUGUUAUUUAGGCCAUUAUGGAGCUCUUUGUGAAUUAUGUGACAUUGAAAAUAUAAGAGGAGAUGGAUCAUUUUCAACAGCUUAAGAAUAUUCUUGUGGGUCAUGUGAUGACAUCAGUUUUAAUGUAGUAUAAAUAAUAGCAUUCAGUCUUUGGUAUUAUAUAUUGUAUACUAUUAUUAAAGGACUUUAUUUACUAUCGUUCUAAGUGUAAAGGGGGCUAUAACUACAUAACACUCCUUUUUGGAAUCUCCAUUUUUAAUAAAAAUACUUACAAAUUAUUUGUAAAUAAUAAGUUCAUUAACUUCAUUUAAAUUGAAUUUACCAGUUAAUUUUUUCUAUUUCUUAAAUGGAGUUGGAAAUCCUAUUUAAAGAGUUUCAUAUUCUAUGGAUUGUUAAUUAAGUAAAGUUAUAUACUAUAUAGUUUAAAUGACAUCUCUAGAUAUCCACUAUAGUAGAUUGAUUUGGUAGUUAUUGUUUCCUUGUAUCUAUUUUUUUAUGCUGGGUAUCCUUUAUGCCAUCUUUAUACUAAUGAAGUAGGUCAAAUAUAGAUCACCUAUUAUCAUGACUGCUGUCAUCUACAUGUAUAUUUAUUUUCAGCCAACCCUAAUUGGUUCAUUUAUUGCUAUGGUUUCUACUAGAACUAUAGCAAAUGUUCCCUGGAUUUAAGCCUAUGUUGCCUAUAGAUUUGAUACAAUUAUUCAUUAAAGAUGGGUUUAUAUAUUAUGUGUUCCAAUGUUAUCUUUAUUUGGAGUCAUAAUACCUUUUGGUUUUCUUCUUUGUCUGGUCUAUAAUAAAGAUAAACUUUAGUAUAAAAGAGGUAAGAGUUUAUUUGGAUAUCUUUAUUAUGAAUAUAAACCAUAAACAUAUUUUUGGGAGAUUAUUAAGAUAGUUACAAAAGAAUUGGUUAUUGUCUUCUUAAUAUUUUAUGAAGAUUCUAUAAUAUUAAAAGGCUCCUUAAUAUUUUUUAUACUCUUAUGCUAUUGGUCUUUGAAUCUUAAAUUUAUACCUUUUAGAACCUCUAGAUUAAAUUUAUUAGAUUAUUAAUCUUCAAUUAUUUGUGGAGUUUCAAUGAUUUUCGGAAUCUGCCUAAGUAUGGAUUAACAGCAAUAAUUUUAAAAUAUAUCAACUGUUUUAUUUUUCACUCUUAUAAUUAUCAAUAUCUUUAUGCUUCUUAAAAUGUUACUUUAUAUAUUGAAUGCAUACUCAAAAGAAAUGGUAACCAGUUUAGAUUAAAUUAAAUUAAAAAUCUUGUAAAUUCUGCCAAAUAGAUUUAAAUCAAAUGAUAGUAUAUGCUAAAGAAUUUUAAAAACUUAAGCUGAAACUAAUUAAAGAGUGAAAGCUAAUAUUUUGAAAUUAAAAACAGCAUUGAAAAAACAUUAAAGUAAAUCUUAGAAACCAAAAGUUACGAUAAUUAAUCCUAGCAUCACAACAGAAAAUUAAUUAAUUUCACUGGACUUUAAAAAUAGUAUUUAACAAAAAAUAAAAAUAUGA